CUUGACUCCACCGCAGCCGCCAGCGUUUCAACUCGGCGCCCACAGCUUUUUGGUCUUCUGCAGCUGCAGCAACAGUCACAUCUUCCUUCUCUGUUCUUGAAUCUCUAUCUCGAAUCCCGAUUCUCCAUCCCGCCUCGUCCCGCCUUGCGCCCCGGUCGAUUCGCUAUCGUAUUGCUACCAAAUACAGCAGUCACCGCAUGAUGCAGGCCAUCGUUGCGUAGCCAGGACCGAACCUGCAGCGCGGAGUGAAUAGGAUCUUAGACAGCUAAUAGACACACUAUGCUCACAUUGAUUGAAUAACAUCCAUACCGACCUCUCUUCACCAUGUCGACCGACCCUCGACUCGCACGGCUACAGGCUCGCGCAAAAACACCUCAGGCCACGCCAUCGCCGCCCCAGACACCGACACCAGCAGACGCAGCGCCGCAACCGCAACCUCCUACCUCAUCUCCACCACCGCCGCUCCAGCCGCAACCGCAGCAGCAGCAAAUACAAACCCAAUCGGUUCCUCUAUCACCGACCGCCGCAGACAACGCACCAUCACAAGCAUCUCCCGGAAGUCCUGAUGGCAAUGUCGAGGCUGCAAUACCAGCACCAGCACCAGCACCAGCUACCGUGCCCACCGCUACAACCAACGAGAAAAGCGAGAUCCCUUUCAAAUUGCGGUUCUGCACAGUAUGCGCGUCAAAUAACAACCGGAGCAUGGAGGCCCACCUUCGACUGUCGACCUCGGAACAUCACUAUCCAGUCAUAUCGUUUGGCACAGGGUCGUACGUUCGAUUGCCCGGUCCGUCCAUUUCGCAACCGCAAGUGUACAAUUUCAACACGACGUCCUAUACCAAAAUGUACGAAGAGCUGAAUGCGCAGGAUGCCCGGCUUUAUCGGAACAAUGGCAUUCUGAACAUGCUGGAUCGAAACCGUAACAUCAAAUGGGGUCCCGAGAGAUUUCACGAUUGGGUGGUCGGCCAAGCGAGGAUGGAUGCUUUGCAACGGGGGGACAAGGGCGCCGAGGGCACCGAGGGGGGUAUUGUGGACGUCAUCUUCACCUGCGAAGAGAGAUGCUGGGAUGCCGUGGUGGACAAUCUGUUGGAUCGGGGCGCUCCUUUGAACCGGCCCGUGCACGUGUUCAACAUUGAUAUUAAGGAUAAUCACGAAGAAGCCCUGAUCGGCGGAGGCGCCAUCCUCGAGUUGGCCGACAUGCUCAAUGAGGCUGCGGCUCAAGAGAGAAAGAUUCAAGGCACGGCCGGAUGGGAGAAUGGAAGCGGCGCCGCGAGGCAGAGUUUUGAUGAACGUGUGCCUGAUAUCCUGGCGACCUGGCAGGAAAAGUGGCCCAAUCUACCGGCGCUGUGGACACUGUCGUGGUUCUGAAGUUUUCUGUAAUCGGCAAGAAAGCGAUUUGUCCCUUUUGAGCAAUGGCGCUGGAGGUGUUGGGAAAAAGGAAAAAGACAGUGAACACUGCAUGAGACAAAGCUUGAGAUGGAAAUGCUAUCUAUGAUUUAUGGUUGCCUUAUGAUUCUCAGCAGCGUGGCCCAGUCAAGCCAUGACUGCAAGGCAUGCCAUGCCCGAACAUGACGAUGUCUGUAUGGUUGUAUCUUUAUAACUUGCUUGGGUUCUGUUUAUCCUUUUCUUUCUCUUUCUGCUCCUUGAGCAAUCUCUCUUUCUGCAAGACAUCCUUCUUCAACGCCACCUCUACCUGUCUAGGACCCUCUUUGCUGAACUUGACCAGGACGACAUAGUCCGAGUCACCCUUCAAGUUGGACGACUUCAACUCCGGGCCAGGCUUGUCCAGCGCCAGCACGGACCGACCAUCCUCUCUCCCGAAUUGCAAUCCGAUGGGACUGAUGAACUUAUCUUUCCAAGGCACAGGCGACCCUUCGUUCUCAAUGAGAUGUCUCAGCUGGGCGCGCUUUGCGAGGAUCUCGUCGUGACUUUCUUUAGUCUCGUUACCAGCAUCCAAUAUCCCCGAGAUCAACCACAACAGUAAAAACUGCGGCGGAAACAAAAUGAUUUCACCUGACCGGGCACGACUCAACCAGUCCUUUGCCCUUCGCCAUUCAGGAGCCAUGGUCUCAAUCUUAUCGGCCGUGGCCUGGACGGACGGGUUCCCCGCCUCCUCAAGACCCACGAAAUACAGAUACAUCUGCGUAGUGAAGCGUUUAGGGACAUUAGGCGGCGUGACCCAAUGCGUGAACGGGAUGAGACGGUCGGUGUCGAGCACGGCAGUGGGGGAGAUGGACUUCAACCAUUCUGCUAAUGUUGUCUUGCCGCCGUGCACGGCUUCGCGGCCUCGCUGGCGCUCUUCCCUGGAUACGGGCAACAGUCUCUGCGCGUCCUUCGAUGCCCGCGCUAACAAGAUCCCGGUCUCUUCGAAUAGUUCUCG